CUUCAGUUUUAGAAAAGAACAACUCUUCACUUCCUUGUCUCUGUCACAACUCCGCCACUCGGACUGGCCCGAUACUCGGUCGAGCCAAUUAACAGCCAUGAAUCCUGAAUAUGACUAUUUGUUCAAGCUUCUGCUCAUCGGAGAUUCUGGAGUUGGUAAAUCGUGUCUUCUCCUCAGAUUUGCUGAUGAUUCGUAUCUGGACAGCUACAUAAGCACAAUCGGCGUCGAUUUUAAAAUACGCACCGUGGAGCACGAUGGCAAGAUUAUAAAACUUCAAAUCUGGGAUACUGCAGGGCAAGAGCGGUUCCGGACGAUCACUAGCAGCUAUUACCGUGGGGCACAUGGCAUUAUAAUAGUUUAUGAUGUAACUGACCAAGAGAGCUUCAACAAUGUUAAGCAAUGGCUGAAUGAAAUUGGUCGUUACGCAAGUGAGAAUGUGAACAAGCUUCUGGUCGGGAACAAGUGUGACCUUACUUCCAGAAAAGUCGUUUCCUAUGAAGCAGCCGAGGCGUUUGCAGAUGAACUUGGCAUUCCAUUUAUGGAGACUAGUGCAAAAACUGCUACUAAUGUCGAGCAAGCUUUUAUGGCAAUGGCAGCUGAUAUUAAGAACAGGAUGGCAAGCCAGCCGGCGUCGAGUGCAGCAAGGCCGCCAAUGGUGCAGAUAAAAGGACAACCUAUUAACCAAAAUAGUGGCGGAUGCUGCUCUUAGUUGAUUUUUGCUCUCAAGAGAUGAAACCUAUGGUACCAUGU